UUAUAAGGCUUUAAGCAAUUAUUAUCUAGAUAUUGAAAUGUGAGUAGUUGUAAAUCGCAUUUUGUUGUUUAACUCAGCUCCCGUCGGUGGGCAUGGGCAAAGAAAGCACAUUUACAGCUCAAAAAAGAGCCGGAGCACUCCCUACAACCGUUACAGCCAACGGCGGCGUCCGUGGCCGGUCCCCGAACGUAUUACCACGCGGCCGUCAGAUCCAACGUACCUUCAACAACGUUAAAAUCACCAUCCUUUGCGGCUUCGUGACUAUCCUCGUCCUCCGUGGCACCAUUGAUAUCGGCAACGUUGCAUCCUCGGAAGCCGAGGCUGAGAAUCAGUAUCUAAUAGAAGAAACUAAUCGGAUCCUCUCCGAUAUCCGUUCCGACAAGGACCCGGAUGAUCCAGCGGCAGAUCAGCCCGAGACUUUCAUGAGUCUUAAUGACACUUACAGUUUAGGUCCUAAGAUUUCUAAUUGGGAUAAAGACAGGAAAAUGUGGCUUCAGAAGAAUCCUGAAUUUCCCAAUUUGGUUAAUGGUAAGCCUAGGAUUUUACUUGUAACUGGGUCUCCUCCAAAUCCUUGUGACAACGCAAUUGGGGAUCAUUAUCUGUUAAAGGCAAUAAAGAACAAGAUUGAUUAUUGUAGGAUUCAUGGUAUUGAAAUUUUCUAUAAUUUAGCUCUUUUGGAAAAGGAAAUGGCUGGUUACUGGGCCAAACUUCCGUUGAUUCGUAGGCUAAUGUUGUCUCAUCCUGAAGUAGAGUGGAUUUGGUGGAUGGACAGUGAUGCUUUGUUUACUGAUAUGGUUUUUGAGAUGCCUUUAUCAAAGUAUAAUCGUCAUAAUCUUGUUAUUCACGGAUACCCAGAUUUAUUGUUUGAUCAGAAAUCAUGGAUUGCAUUGAACACGGGUAGUUUUCUUUUUAGAAAUUGUCAGUGGUCUCUUGAUUUGUUGGAUGCUUGGGCCCCAAUGGGACCUAAAGGUCCUAUUCGUGAUGAAGCUGGCAAGAUUUUGACGGCUUAUUUAAAGGGUAGACCCGCAUUUGAAGCUGAUGAUCAGUCUGCCCUAAUUUACUUGUUGGUAUCACACAAGGAUAAAUGGAUGCCUAAGGUGUUCGUUGAGAAUUCUUAUUAUCUACAUGGAUAUUGGGCGGGGCUAGUUGAUAGGUAUGAAGAGAUGAUUGAGAAGUACCAUCCCGGUUUAGGCGAUGAGAGAUGGCCAUUUGUUACACAUUUCGUAGGAUGCAAGCCUUGUGGGAGUUAUGGAGAUUACCCCGUUGAGAGAUGCUUGAAAAGCAUGGAGAGGGCUUUCAAUUUUGCAGACAAUCAAGUGCUUAACUUGUAUGGGUUCAAGCAUAAGGGCUUGUUAAGUCCCAACGUCAAAAGGAUUAGGAAUGAAACUUAUCAGCCACUGCAGUACGUAGAUCAGUUAGAUGUUGGACAUGCAAAGCACAAGCACACGGGAACUGAGAGCUAGGAGUACACUGUCUUUUGCUGGAAAGAAUCUUCAGCUGCUACAUACUAGCAGAGGUUUUGGGGAGACUACAUCAUUCACUUCAUGCUCCGCCUAGUUCAUAAGGGAGGAAAAUACUGAAGUUUUAACAGAAAAAUAUGAAGGAAAUUAGCAGCUAUGCCGUGGAAUUAGUCGAGGUGCGCACAAGCUGACCUGGACACCACGAUUAUAUAAAAAAUGGUGAAAAGUUAUUUUGUAUUCCUAGAUUGCAUGCUGGCAUGCCUUUCAGUCUGUUUGAUUUUUAUCUUUUUAGUUCCUUAAGGGCAAGUUCUACAAAAUGGUGCUUAGACCUGCUAUGUUAUAUGGGGCAGAGUGUUGGCUAGUUAAGAUCUCUCACGUUCAAAAGAUGAAAGUUGCCGGGAUGAAAAUGUUGAGAUAGAUGUGUGGGUACGCCAGGAGCGACAGGAUUAGAAAUGAGGCUAUUCGGGACAAGGUGGGAGUGGCCUCGGUGGAAGACAAGAUGCGGGAAAUGCGACUGAGAUGGUUUGGGCAUGUGAAGAGAAGAGACACAGAUGUCCCAGUGCGGAGGUGUGAGAGGUUGGCCAUGGAUGGUUUCAGAAGAGGUAGGGGUAGGCUGAAGAAAUAUUGGGGAGAGGUGAUUAGACAUGACAUGACGCAGUUACAACUUACCGAGGACAUGACCUUAGAUAUGAGAGAGUGGAGGACCCACAUUAGGCCAGAAGGUUGUACAUAGUCUCGUUAUUCUUCCUUAUUAGUAAGCGCAUUACAAUUUCUUGUGCUCUGAUUUCUGUUAUUAUCUAUUACUGUCUGUACUUUGAUUACUCUAUUUUAUCUGUGUCGCUUUCAUUAUUUGCUUUCCCAUAUCGCUUUGAAUUUCUUACCCUUAUCUGAUCUUUUUUUAUGCUUUUAUUGAGCCGAGGGUCUUUCGGAAACAGUCGUCCUACCUUGGUAGGAGUAAGGUCUGCGUACACUUUAUCCUCCCCAGACCCCACGUUGUGGGAUUUCACUGGGUUGUUGUUGUUGUUGUAGUUCCUUGGUGUUUUGCAGCCUGGAGAUUAAGAACUUGCAAUUUUUACUAAUUCUCUUUUCCAU